AUGGACAAAAUACAAGGUAAUACCUUAUCUCGACGCACUGGAAAUGAACCCAUGACACAUCAUAUCCCACCACCUGCAGUGGCGGUAUUGAAAGGCAGCCAACUCAAUAACAAUAAGACCAAAUCAGUUAAAGCACUUGGAGCAUCUAUGUUUAUGAAUUCAAAUAAGGCGAAAGAGUUGCCUCAUGGUGGUGAGUUUUGGGGAAAACCCAUGAGCAAACUGGAGACAUUGCUUUAUAGAACAUUGUUGGUAAUCCUUUACAUUUCGUAUGGAUUAUUUAGAUAUGGACAAUACCAAUACAAUAAGAUGAAACUAAGAAUACUUAAUGUGAUAUAUAAUCCUGCAAGUACUCCUCAAUUAAUUAGACAGGAUGUAAGAAAAUUAGAGAAGAUACCCAAAAGGAUCGCUGCGAUACUGGAAAUGAAACCUGUUGGAUUUGUUGGAGGUGGAUUGAAGGGUCUCUUAAAUGACGGUAGUGAAAUCGUAUGUUGGACAGUUUCUGCUGGGAUUAAACAUUUGAUGCUUUAUGAUUAUGAUGGGAUAUUGCAAAAGAAUGUUUCUGAAUUUCAAACUGAAAUUGAAAAUAAAUUAACUCAAUAUUAUGGACCUGGAAAUGUGCCCAAUUAUGCUAUCAAGAUUCCACAUUCUAAUAAGAUUUACUACAAUAAUCAUGCUGAAAAAACGGAUGAUGAUGAAAACAAUAAGAAAGCUGGCAAGAUCGCUAUUGAAGUGUCUUUACUUUCAAAUAGGGACGGUAGAGAAACCAUCGUUGAUUUAACGAAAACAAUGGCAGAUUUGUGCUCUAACAACGAACUAAAACUUUCAGAUAUCACUCUACAAUUGGUGGAUUCAGAAUUGGUACAUUUAGUUGGUAAGGAACCAGAUUUAUUAUUAUAUUUUGGUCCUGCGUUGGAUCUACAAGGAUUCCCACCUUGGCAAAUUAGAUUAACAGAAUUUUAUUGGGAGACAGAUAAUAACGAAGUAACGUAUUCUGUGUUUAUCAGAGGACUUAAACAAUAUGCAGGAUGUAAAAUCAACGUUGGUAAAUGA